AUGGCAAGAGGAACGAAGAAGAAGAGCAAAGCAGCUGUCAUCGAACAUCAAGAGCAACCAGCAGAUGAAAGAAAACUGCAAACGAUUGCUUGCGUGCACAAUUUAGCUAAGGAUCAAGUAUGCUUGGCUCAAACUAGAUCUGGAAUUAAUGUGAAUAAAUCGUUGGAGAAAAUUGGGAAUUAUAGGGUAAUUGAGGUGGGGGAAAGCUCUCGGAGCUUGGCGAGUGAGAGAUCGGGGAGAAAUCUGGAGGAACAGGAAACACUGGGGAAGGGAGUAUGGCAGGGUUUUGAUCCGAAGCAACUUAUGGUGGAUAGGAAGCUUUCAUUCAUUGAACCGUCUGUGAUCCACGAUCAUUGGUUAGUGGAAAAGGAUAUAACUAUGGAAGACAUAAAAUCGGUACCAGUGUGGAUACAACUGCCAAAAUUGAAGCUUAGGUACUGGAAUGCAAUCUCCUUAAGUAGAAUGAUGAGUGUUGUUGGUAUUCCACUGGAAAUGGAUGAGAUGACCUCAAAAAAGAUGAGAACAGCUUUUGCCAGAGUCUUAGUUGAGGUUAAGAUAGCUGAUAAGGAAUGGAAGGAAAAAACAAAUGGCAGUCAGUCUGUUCAAGGAAUGAAAGCCAACACUGGGAAAAUACAGGAAAGAAUAGAGAAGGAGAUUCCUGAGGAAGUGGAGAAGAAUGUUACACUAAGCAAGGGAAAGAUACACAGGGAGACAAGUCCAAGUGGAAAGAGUGGUUCAAGUGAAUCUGAAAUAGAAAAUAAGAAAGAUGAUGUGAUGAUCCAAAAUCAAAAAGGAAUAAAGGUGUUUGUUCAUUGUUGGGUGAAAAAUCUCACUACUCAGUGCUGGUUCUAUGUGACAGUAGUGUAUGCAGAUUAUCAGGCUCAGGGGAGGAUUAAGCUGUGGGAGGAGUUAAAACAGAUUGCUGAUCAUAUCACUGGAGCAUGGCUAAUAAUGGGAGACUUUAAUAUUGUAAUCAACCAUGAAGAGAGAUUAGGAGGAAGGAAUGAAGUCAGUACUGAUACAGAUAAGUUUAAAGCAUGGAUGGAAGAUGGUGAAGUAUGGGACAUGCCAACCUAUGGUGGAAAAUAUACAUGGUGGAAUAGGCAAAUUGGUGAUCAAAGUAUCAUGGCUAAACUGGAUAGAACCUUCGGGAAUGGAGAUUGA